AUGCAUCAUACUACGCUGGCAGUGUUUCACCCCUGCGUUCGCGGACCAUUUAAUAACCUGCUCAAGUUGCUGGACGAGGACGCUAAAGCAGGCUGCAGUCAACUGCUGAGCCAUCCACCACCCCAUUGGAUCAAGAAACAAGCGGCCCCGACCAAGCCCAUUCUCCACCUGCCCUCCAAGGACGACCAACAAGCUAGCCCAACCACCCGCAAAGGACAGCCCGAGCCACCCGCCCUCCUUGGCCCUCUCUCUGUUCCAUUCCCAGCCCCAUCCGACCGAGCCGGCGAAGGAGGAGGACGACGUGCUGCCGGAGUACCUCCACUCGGAAGCCCUCCCCGCCUUGACCAGAAAGCCAGCAGACGAGAAACAUGCCGUUGUCAGCACCUUUGA